GGAGCUGAAAGGGCUACAAGACCAUACUUAUCUUUCUAUUGUUAAUAUUUUGAACAGACUUUUUGUUCCUGGACAAUGAGCCGCGCGCAGCUCACUUGUCUGCCGGAUCGCAGGCCGCUUUGAAUUUGGCAGCUUUGGAUGGCACAUGAUAUUAAAGCGUUGGCGGUGGGCCACAGCACACCGGAUUCGUCUUUCAGAAAACCAACAAGCAGACUGACACAUGUGCAUCUGCGCAUUUUGAACUAUUUUAUUUUCCGUUUACAUUUUUUUGAGUAUUUCGACUUGUUUGUUCAGCGAUAUAACGAGGUUAUGGCGUUUGGUCAGCGGAUAUAUCCGAAUUACAAAUGGCAUACACUGGCUUUUUUCCGUUCUGCUAUAUUUCAACUAGCCAUUUUCUUUCAAUUAUCAUACUCAUGUAUGCAUCUCUCUUUGAUCUUUGCCACAAUCCUAUGCAUUCUUCACUACCUGUAAGGUUGGCAAUCUUACUUUAUUAUAGCAAAGUAUUGCACAGGCUACAGCCAGCGUGCCAAUUAUAAUGCCGACACUUUCUCUACAACGAUUAUAACA